AUGGGUCUCCACCACGACAAACUCCUCCUAGGCCCUCACAGGCAUGUGUCCUCCGGCCCCGCCGGCCAAAGUGAGCUGCGCGGGCACCCCGCCACCUCUCGGCCUCAGAACGCCCACCCGCAGCGGCGCGCGGGGUCAAGGGGCGGUGACAGCCGGGCGGCGGGGGCGGAGAUGCUACCAGCUGGGGUGUCACCCAGCCCGGAGGCGACUCGCGCUCCCUCGCCGGGACGGCGAGUCCAGUCCGCCCGCCCACUAUCCGCCCGCUCGCCGGGCAGCGCCCCCCACCCAUUUGUCCCGCACCCUCAUGUUGUGCGGGGUCCCCUCAGUCCGGGUUCCCGUCCCAGUCCACUUCCCUCCCCUCCCCCACACAACCGUCCCCGGCGUCCCGCCGCGUCCCAUCCUCCGCCGCCUCCACCCGACUCCUGGGACUCCCCUGGCCCCGGGUGCUUGCUGACCCUCACCUGCCAUGUCCUGGACCCCACCGCAGAGGGAGGUGCAUCACGGCCGCGAGAAGGCCGGGGACGGCACUUCAGAGCAGACAAAGGGCGCCGCCAUGUUAGAGUCGGGCGGAACCGACCUCGCUGGCUUCCCGGCUGCCACUUCCGGCGCAUGCGCAGUGCUUGUCCUAGGCGUAGCUCGUGGACAGGCGCAUGCGCUUAG